GUCUGGACGACUGCAGCUUUCGAGUCUCGCACCCGCCAACAUGUCUCUGCGGUGACUGACACGGCGCGAACCCGCCAUGGCGAACGCAGCACCGUCGCCUGUGCCCGCGCUGCAGCCGACGAUGCAGGGCUCGUCACUCUCCUUCACGCAGGGCUUCCUGCUCGGGCAGUGUUCGAUCGCGCUGAUCAUCUUCUGCUUCAUCAAGUUCUUCAUCUUCGGCGAGCCGCCGUCGGCCGACGACCGCGCGCUGCACCUCAGCUCGCUGCGACGCGCCCGCACGCUCGCCCACCAGCAGUCGCUGCACGCGCUCAAGCAGCGCACGCGCUCCAACUCGACGACGCCGCACUCCAACUCGACGACGACGCACUCCAACUCGACGACGACGCACUCCAACCCGACGACGACGCACUCCAACUCGACGACGACGCCGCGCCCCAACCCAACAACGCUGCCCGCGCUGCGGCACGAGCACUCGCGCAGCGUCGUCGACAAGGGCGACGAGGGCCGCGGCGGGCCCAGCAUCGCCACCAUCCUCGCCAAGACGUACUACAACGUCAAGGGCCACCAGCCAGAGAGCCUGGACUGGUUCAACGUGCUGAUCGCCCAGACGCUCGCCCAGCUGCGCGCCGACGCCCGCCACGACGGCGCCGUCCUGCGCUCGCUGACGGACGUGCUCAACGCCGGCAGCAAGCCCGACUGGAUCGGCCCCAUCCGCGUCACCGAGAUCGCCCUGGGCGACGAGUUCCCCAUCUUCAGCAACUGCCGCGUCAUGCCCGCCGAGGACGGCUUCUGCGCGGGGCCGGGCACCGCGGGCGACAGCGACGGCCGCCUGCAGGCCCGCAUGGACGUGGACCUGAGCGACGUCAUCACCAUUGGCAUCGAGACGACGCUGAACCUGCACUGGCCCAAGCCCUUUUGCGCCGUGCUGCCCGUCGCGCUCGCCGUGAGCGUCGUGCGCUUCUCCGGCACCCUCACCGCCUCCUUCAUCCCCAGCUCCUCGCCGCCGAGCACCGCCGCGCCGAGCCCGAGCCCGAGCCACGCCCGCGCCCACGCGCCGUCACCCGCGACCGCGAGCCCGCCGCCGCACCGCCCGACGACGCUCGCCUUCACCUUUCUCGACGACUACCGCCUGGACCUGUCGGUGCGCUCGCUGGUCGGCUCGCGCUCGCGCCUGCAGGACGUGCCCAAGAUUGCCCAGCUGAUCGAGGCCCGCGUGCACGCCUGGUUCGACGAGCGCGCCGUCGAGCCGCGCUUCCAGCAGAUCUCGCUGCCCUCGCUGUGGCCGCGCAAGCACAAUACGCGCGGCGGCGCGGGGGAGGACGAGCUAGAUGUGCCAGACGACCAUGUCGCUGUCCCGCCUGCGCCCGAGCAUGCUGAUGGUACCCGGUGGCGUGGCCGCGGACACUACAGCGGCCAGCCUGGCAUGCCCGGCGCCAUGCCCGAGUAGUCUUGUCAGCUACAUGCCAGGCAGUUUGUACCGUCUUGUCUGCACCGUCUUGUCUGCACCGUCUUGUCUGCACCGUCUUGCCUGCACCGUCUUGUCUGCACCGUCUUGUCUGCACCGUCUUGUCUGCAUAGUAUUGUAUCAUAAUGUAUUGUCUUGACUAGUAUUAUAUUGUAUUCUCUUGACUAGUAUUGCAUCGUCAUGUCUUGACUUGUCUUAUAUUGCGUUUUCGUGUAUUGACUAGUAUUGUCUGCUUUGUGGCUCUCGCAAUACAUCCAGUCCACACGCCAAGCAAAGUCGCCAACAACAAUCCCUCCACCGUCGCGUGCUUCUACCGCCAGUUCGGCGCCUGUGCAGGCACCGUGUGAGCCGCAAACGGUCCUUGCUGUGCCUGCACCUGGUGGUACUGCUCUGACUCUUGCUUGCCAACCUCUUCACCCGCGCCGUAUGCCCGCGUGGGCGCCGAGAAGAACCCAUCCACUACUACAGGUUGCUG